AUGUCCCCCAAUUCCAAACCCCGUGUAAUCCUCGGUCUCAUGACCUUCGGCCCGGACCCCUCCGCCGGCGCCCGCGUAACCGACCCAGCCGAACUCAUCCGUGCGGUGAACUUGUUACACACCCGCGGAUAUCAGCCUGUUGAAAUCGACACUGCGAGGGUGUAUGUGGGGGGGAAGCAGGAGGGGUUUACAAGAGUGGCUCUGGAGGAUGCGAAGGGAGAGGUGAAGGUGGCGACUAAAGUGGUGUAUCCGAAGACGGGGGGGAUGAAUGGGCAUGAGGAGGUGGUGAAGAGUGUGGAGACGAGUUUGGGGGAGUUGGGGGUGGAUAGGGUGGAGGUGCUUUAUUUGCAUGCUGCUGACCGCAGCACCCCCUUCACCACCACCCUCCGCGCAAUCAACACCCUCCACCUCACCCGCAAGUUCACCCACUUCGGCCUCUCCAACUUCACCGCCUUCGAAGUCGCCGAAAUCGCCCUCACCUGCGCCCACAACAACUGGGUGCGUCCCACCAUUUACCAAGCCAUGUACAACGCCAUCACGCGCAGCAUCGAAGCCGAACUGAUCCCUGCUUGCCGCCGGUAUGGACUGGAUAUCGUGGUGUAUAACCCCCUCGCGGGGGGCCUGUUUUCGGGGAAGAUUAAGUCGAGGGAGAUGGUGCCGGCCGAGGGGAGGUAUAGUGAUACGGCGGGGGUCACGGGGAGGUUGUAUAGGGGGAGGUAUUUUAGGGAGAGUACGUUUAAGGCGUUGGAGAUUGUGGAGAGGGCGGUGGAGGAGGUGGGUGGGGGGUUGACGAUGAUUGAGACGGCUUUGAGGUGGGCGGUGCAUCAUUCGGCGUUGAGGGUGGGGGGUGUUUCUAGUACUGGGGUGGAGGAGAAAGGGAAUGAUGGGGUGAUCGUGGGUGUGUCGAGCGUGGAACAGCUGGAUGCAAACUUGACGGCGUUGGAGAAGGGUCCCCUUCCCGAAGCUGUGGUGAAGGCGCUGGAUGAGGCGUGGGCGGUUAGUAAGGCGGAUACGGCGCCGUAUUGGCAUUUGGAUGUCAAGUAUGGGUAUGACACGCAAAAGGUGUUGUUUGGGGAGAAGGCGAAGGCGAAUGUGUAG